UGUGUGGUAAGAAAAUAAAUAAGAUGGAUGAAAUAGUUAGAGAAGUGCCGUCCACAUUGAAACGUCUUGUAAGAAUGGUAAUGCGUGGAUUCUAUAAUAUUGAACAGGUUAUUUUAAUGGACAUGCUUAUAAGAAAUCCAUGUAUGAAAGAAGAUGAUCUUGUAGACUUGUUGAAAUUUGAAAGAAAACAAUUAAGAGCAGUAAUUGCUCAAUUAAAAAAUGAUAGAUUUGUUAAAGUUCGUUUAAGAAUGGAGACUGGUCCAGAUGGAAAAACUUCUCGUCAGAAUUAUUAUUACAUUAAUUAUAAGGUAUUUGUAAAUGUAGUAAAAUAUAAACUUGAUCAUAUGCGUCGAAAAAUAGAAACAGAAGAAAGAGAUUCCACCAGUCGUGCUUCAUUUAAAUGUACAUCAUGUGAAAAAACUUUUACUGAUUUAGAAGCUGAUCAGCUUAUUGAUUUUGAAACCGGUGAAUUUCGAUGUAGUUAUUGUAAUGCAUUAGUUGAUGAAGAUCAAACAGCUUUACCUAAACAAGAUUCUAGACUCCUGUUAGCAAGAUUCAAUGAUCAAAUAGAACCACUUUAUGAUCUUUUAAGGAAAGUAGAGGAUAUUAAAUUAGCACCAGAAUUGCUAGAACCUGAACCUACAGAUGUCAGCGACAUAAAAAGAGAUGCUGGUAAUCUUCCUAAAACAAAAUCUUUGCAUAAACCACAAGACCAUGAUAGCUGGAGUGGUGAUGCUACUAGAAAUCGUAAUUAUCAUCUUAAUGAAGAACAAGGAAUAACUAUCAAUUUUGGUGAUAAAGAAAGUACAUCAGGUCAGAUUGAACAGACUGUAGAACGUAAAGAAACACCAGUUUGGUUGUAUAAGAGUACUGUUAUAGAAGAAAAGCCAAGUUCAGUAUUACAAGAUAAACCAACAGUUGAAAAUACUUCCCCAUAUAUUACAAACAUGUCUUCUCAAAGUCAUGAUAUUAUGGAAGCUCUUUUAGUGCAUGAGAAAAAAGGUGGUGCAUCACAACCUAUUAUACCUGGACAAGGUAGUGGAGAAGAAAGUGAUACAAGUGAAUCAGAAGAUGAAUUUAAAGCUAUCAUGGAAACUACAAAUAGAACAGGUUAA